AUGAUGUACUCUUCCCAGAAUUCGGGCUGGCCGGCCUUCAUGGCCAAGAGAAAGGUCCUGGUGUCCUGUGUUCUCGGCCUCUUCUUCCUCGCCAUUGGAGCUGAUAUCCGGGCUGAGCGCGCCGCUGGACAUGCCCAGAAGAAGAUGCUGAAGCGUGACACCGACACUACUAUUUGGCAGCCAGCCGCUGGAGUCAAAUGGCAAAUCCAGCUGAUCGAUGCCGUCGAGGAUACCACCGCCGAUGCCGACAUCUGGGACAUCGACCUGUUCGACAACACCGCAGCCACGAUCUCCACCCUCCAAUCCAAGGGCCACAAGGUCAUCUGCUACUUCUCCGCCGGAACCUACGAAGACUGGCGGUCCGAUAUCAGCAAGUUCGACUCCGCAGACUUCGGCAGCAACCUCGAUGACUGGCCAGGCGAGAAGUGGCUCAACAUCAAGUCCACCAGCGUUCGCUCGAUCAUGACUGCCCGCUUGGACAUGGCAAAGGAGAAGGGCUGCGAUGGCGUGGACCCGGAUAACAUCGACGCCUACGGCAAUGCGAACGGUCUUGGCUUGACUGAAGCGGACUCGAUUGACUUCUUGAGUUUCCUUUCUACCGAGACCCACUCUCGCGGCAUGGCCAUCGGUCUUAAGAACGGUGGGGAUAUCAUUGGCUCUGUUAUUGACAAGAUGCAAUGGUCUGUCAAUGAGCAGUGUGCUGAGUACAACGAGUGUGAUGUCUAUGCUGCUUUUACUGAGGUCAACAAGCCUGUUUUCCACAUUGAGUACUCCGAUGAGACCAUCGAGAGCGACAGUUCUUCGACUGAUGCCACCGACGACACUAACGAGGAUGUCGCUGCCACAACUACUGCUAGUGCCAAAAUUUCUGCUACUGCUGCUGCUUCUGUUUCUAAUUCGGCUUCCGCCUCCGUGCCUGCCGGCGCUACCACUAGCACCAGUGCUACUGAAACUACUUCGACUGCUGCCACAACUUCUACAACUGACGCCGAUGCCGACUCCACCUCGGACGCUACGACUGACACGACCACUGACGAGGAUGAUGAGACCGACGACGACGAGACUGAUGCCGAAGACGAUAACUCUGAGGAUGAUGACUCUGAGGACGACGAUUCCGAAGACGAUGACUCAGAAGAUGACACCGAUACCGAGACUGAGCUUGACAACACCCAUGUUCGCAAGCACAAGCACCGACACAACAAGAUCGAGCGCCGAGCCACUCUCUCCGCCUCUCUGAAGUCAACUGCCUGCAACGCUAAGAGCGCCGACAAGUUCUCCACUGUGAUCAAGAACAUGAACCUUGACGCUUGGGUUGAAUAUUGCUAG